AUGGAUAUGAUUAAAAACUUGAAUCCAUUUAAUAACAUUCCAAAAUAUCAAAUUGCUCAACAAAUUAUAAACUUUGGUUUAAUUGUCGCAACAGCUUUAAUGAUAUGGAAGGGUUUAAUGAUUUUUAGCGGUAGUGAAAGUCCAAUCGUUGUAGUUUUAAGUGGUAGUAUGAUUCCAGCAUUUUACAGAGGUGAUUUAUUAUAUUUAAAUAUGGAAGAUGGUCCAUUCAGAGUUGGUGAAAUUGUAGUUUUUAAAAUCGAUGGAAAAGAAAUCCCAAUUGUACACAGAAUUUUACAAAUUCAUGAAAAGGAAAAUGGUGAUUAUGAAAUUAGAACUAAAGGUGAUAACAAUUCAGUUGAUGAUUUAGGUUUAUAUGCCCAAGGUCAAAAAUGGUUAACAAGAGAUCAUAUUAUUGGAAGAGCCAAAGGCUUCCUUCCUUCAGUUGGUAUGGUUACCAUUGUUAUGCACGAUUAUCCUCAACUUAAAUACGCUUUAGUUUGUGUUUUGGCGUUAUUUGUUUUAUCGACAAGGGAGAACUAG